GGCAACAUUUACUCUGUAGGGUGCAGCUGGACAGCAUCAACAAGACUCUCAAAAACUGUCACACGUGUACUCUCGCCUCAGUUUAAGCUGACUGUACCGCUCCGACUGCAUUUUCGAUUAAUUUGUUCCUUGAUUCCUUCACGAUGGAAGGGAGGUGAUUCUCCUCGCCGCCAUUUUUAGGGGAACUGCCUAUUGAAGAGAGAAACUUUGCUAGCUACUGGCUACUGCCUGACGUUAGCAACUAGCUAGCUGGCCAGUAGCUUGCCUGCCUACCAGUUCGUUGUGACAGUUAACGCUUGACAGUAGUUAGCCAGGGCAGCCUGCUUCACGUUGAUAUAAACUAUUCAUGCAGCCGACCAGUAUAUAUGACAAAGAUUCUUGCUAUAAACAAUUUUGCUAGCCUUGAAGUCAGCGUUACCGUCUAUAUUGGGUAGGGCAAUUGUGCGGUUACAUUAGCAUUGCUAAAUUAUUAGCUAGCGAGUUCACACUUUGAUUUCUCUGGACUGCAUUGCCUCGUCUGUGAUUUAGCGUCAGCCACUCAGUCUGCAGUGUCAACCUGUGUGGAUUCAUUUGAACCAGGUGCCCAUGUGCUGGUUCCUUAGGCCCAUCCAUUACUGCAGAUGAAGCUACAGCUGCCUUGGUGUAGCUCAGCACCCAGAUAGUCCCAUCCCCUUUGCGUGGGUGAUAAGGGACUACAUUAACCAGGAUGCCCUCCUCUGUAAGGGCAGGGAGCCUGAAGGAUCCAGAUGUGGCUGAGCUUUUCUUCAAAGAAGACCCAGAGAAGCUGUUCUCUGACCUCCGAGAGAUUGGCCAUGGCAGCUUUGGCGCUGUCUACUUUGCACGGGAUAUACGCACGAAUGAGGUGGUGGCAAUUAAAAAGAUGUCCUACAAUGGCAAACAGUCUAUUGAGAAAUGGCAAGACAUUAUAAAGGAGGUGAAGUUUCUCCAGAGGAUCCGGCACCCCAACAGUAUAGAAUACAAAGGUUGUUACCUCCGAGAGCACACAGCAUGGCUGGUGAUGGAGUACUGUCUUGGGUCAGCCUCCGAUCUGCUAGAAGUUCAUAAAAAACCUUUACAAGAAGUAGAGAUUGCUGCCAUUACACAUGGUGCUCUGCAGGGGCUGGCCUACCUUCACUCCCACAACAUGAUCCACAGGGAUGUAAAGGCAGGUAACAUUCUGCUGACUGAGCCUGGGCUGGUCAAACUGGCAGACUUUGGCUCCGCCUCCAUUGCCUCACCUGCCAACUCCUUUGUGGGAACGCCAUAUUGGAUGGCCCCCGAAGUGAUUCUAGCGAUGGACGAGGGCCAGUAUGAUGGGAAGGUGGAUAUCUGGUCCUUAGGGAUCACCUGUAUAGAAUUAGCGGAACGGAAGCCUCCCUUGUUUAACAUGAAUGCAAUGAGUGCCUUAUACCACAUAGCGCAGAAUGAGAGCCCCACACUGCAAUCCAGUGAAUGGACGGAUUACUUUAGAAACUUUAUCGAUUCUUGCCUUCAGAAAAUCCCCCAGGACAGACCACACUCUGACGACAUGCUGGGUCAUGCGUUUCUGCAGCGUGAACGUCCAGACUCCGUGCUGAUGGAUCUUAUCCAGAGGACCAAGGAUGCAGUGCGAGAACUGGACAACCUGCAGUACCGCAAAAUGAAGAAGAUCCUCCUUCAGGAGGUCCACCACAACGGACCUGCAGCAGAAGCCCAGGAUGGAGACGAGGAGCUGGAGCCGGGCGGAGGUCGGACGGGAACGGUGAACAGUGUCGGCAGCAAUCAGUCCAUUCCCAGCAUGUCCAUCAGCGCCAGCUCCCAGAGCAGCUCUGUCAACAGUCUGAACGAAGCGGCCCAGGACAGCCGCAGCGAGCUGGACCUGAUGGAGGGAGACCACACAGUCAUGUCAAACAGCUCCGUCAUACACCUCAAACCGGAAGAAGAGGAGAGUCUCUCUGGGGAGCAGGCAGCCAGCAGUGAACCCUCUGAGCCCCAGCCAACACCAGCUCUGAACCCGAGGAAGCACUAUCGCAACAGAGAGCACUUUGCCACCAUACGCACAGCGUCACUCGUGACCCGUGAGAUGCAGGAACACGAGCAGGACUCGGAGCUGAGGGAGCAGAUGUCAGGAUACAAACGCAUGAGACGGCAACACCAGAAGCACCUGAUGGGUCUGGAGAACAAGCUGAAAGGAGAGAUGGAUGAGCACAGGCUGAGGCUGGACAAAGAGCUGGAGAGUCAGAGGAACAACUUCACCCAGGAGAUGGAGAAGCUGCUUAAAAAACACCAGGCGGCUCUGGACAAAGACCUGAAGACGUUUACCAACGAUGAGAAGAAGUUCCAGCAGCACAUCCAGGUGCAGCAGAAGAAGGAGCUCAGCAGCUUCCUGGAGUCACAGAAGCGAGAAUAUAAACUACGCAAGGAGCAGCUCAAAGAGGAACUGAGCGAGAACCAGUCGACUCCCAAGAAAGAGAAGCAGGAGUGGCUGUCGAAGCAGAAAGAGAACAUCCAGCACUUCCAGGCGGAGGAGGAGGCCAACCUGCUGAGGAGACAGAGGCAAUAUCUGGAGCUAGAGUGUCGGCGGUUCAAACGCAGGAUCCUCAUCGCCAGACACAAUGUGGAGCAGGAUCUGGCCAGAGAGGAGCUGAACAAACGGCAGACACAGAAGGACCUGGAGCACGCCAUGCUGCUCAGACAUCACGAGUCGAUGCAGGAGCUGGAGUUCAGGCACCUGGGGACGAUUCAGAGGGCGCGGGCAGAUCUGAUCCGAACGCAGCACCAGACAGAGUUAACCAACCAGAUGGAAUACAAUAAGAGGAGGGAGAGGGAGCUGAGGCGCAAGCAUGUCAUGGAAGUCCGACAGCAGCCCAAGAGCCUCAAGUCUAAGGAGCUUCAAAUUAAGAAGCAGUUUCAGGAGACUUGUAAAACCCAGACCAGGCAGUACAAGGCUCUCAGGAACCAUCUGCUGGAGACUACGCCCAAGUCUGAUCACAAGGCGGUGCUCAAGAGGCUGAAGGAGGAGCAGACCAGGAAGCUGGCCAUCCUGGCUGAGCAGUACGACCACUCCAUCAAUGAAAUGCUCUCUACGCAGGCUCUGCGGUUAGACGAGGCUCAAGAGGGGGAGUGUCAGGUUCUGAGGAUGCAGCUGCAGCAGGAGCUGGAGCUUCUCAAUGCGUACCAGAGCAAGAUCAAGAUGCAAACAGACGCGCAGCACGACAAGGAGAGGAGGGAGCUGGAGCAGAGGGUCUCUCUGCGGAGGGCUCUGCUGGAGCAGAAAAUUGAGGAGGAAAUGCUUGCGUUGCAGAACGAGCGUCUGGAGAGAAUCCGCUCACUGCUGGAGCGCCAGGCUCGAGAGAUCGAGGCUUUUGACUCGGAGUCCAUGCGGCUGGGCUUCAGCAACAUGGUGCUCACUAACCUGGCUCCCGAUUCCCAGCCAGGCUGGGGCGGAGGAGGAGGAGGAGGUGGAGGUGGCCAGGGGGCUCAGGGGGGAGGCCACUGGCCCGGAGGAGGUGGAGGAGGAGGAGGAGGAGGCCACCAUAGUCAUCACCACCAGGGGGGCUCCAGCUCACAGCAGCCCUGGGGUCACCCCAUGCUGGCUGGGGGCCCACCACCUUGGAGCCUCCACCACCCCGGAGGAGGGAAUCAGAGGGGGAGCGCGGGGGGCGCAGGAGGGGUGAGGAACAGCCCGCAGGCUAUGAGGAGGACGUCAUCAGGGGGGAGAAAUGAACAGGGCAUGAGCAGGAGCACCAGCAUCACCUCUCAGAUCUCAAACGGAUCCCACCUGUCGUACACCUAGAACACACACACACACACACACACACACACACGACACACACACACGACACACACAAGCAACACGAUAAUUGUCUUGAAGUUAAAUUCUUGAGCUGACGCUACACAGACACACACCACACAUGCUUCACAUACACUUGUUGUUUCCCACAGUUCGUCUGACUCGCACUGCAUUGGGUUCACCUCAGCCCGGUUCCCCUCCCAUCACCACGGCUCUCUUACAUCAGUGUACUUCUAGCAGCAGUCUGUGGAAACCCAAAAGUCUUGAGACUAAUCCAAGAUGGCCGAGGGCCGUACACAGUAUGCCACAGUGCAAUAGUGUCAUUUUUACUGCAGCCUACAGCUGUUUUAUGUGUUGCCAUGUUAGUCUCCGUUGCCAUAGACUCGAAGUAGUAUGUUCAUAUUAUCUACCAUGCAGUUUAUUAUCAGUAUUUUGUUUGCAGUAUGCUGUUUUAUAUACAUCUCAUGCUUUCAUUUGAUGCGGUAGCACAAUAAGUUGCAAUUUUUAGAAUAACAUUCAAAAUGGUCCCAGCUGGAGAGUUCAGCACAGAUAUCUUACUGAUAGAAAGUUUAAUGAGAUUAUUGUUUAUGUGCAGUUACAGACGGAUGGGAAGGCAAGAGGUUAUGUAGGGAUGUGAUGUUCAACUCUAGAAGGAACAUGAAAAGAGAAGGUUGUUGUAAGUGAGUACCGGUGGGUAUCUCUGACUUCAUAGUAGUAGCACCGGGGCGUCCACGGUAUCAUGAAUAGCUAAAAGUAUGCAAUCUUUAAUUCCAAGAAUCUAACCAGUGAAAUCGCAGUGAGCAGUGUUUUACUAUAAUAGUAUUCAGCAGUUAUUGUGUACUGUGAGCAGGGCUGCAAAGAUGCCAAACGUAAGGUCCGAUGUUUCAUUAUAAGUAUCCAUGCUGUUAUGCAUUUAAUGAGAUUGUGUCAGAGAUGUCUGUAGAACUUCAGGUAAUACUAUGCGGCCAAGUUAGAUGCAUGUGUUGCUGGAUUGGAGGAGAGAAGGGAGUCAUUUCUCGUGCACGCUCGGCCUCUUUGGUUCGGUUCUCGGGUUUCCACAGAAAUCUGCCCACUCUUCACUCACGCCUGCCCGGUGGACGACCAGUCUGAGGGAUGCUGUAGCCUUAUGAGUCCACAGUCCUCAUGACGGGGGUGGGUUUUCAGCAGCACCUAACCUCUACUUGAAUAGAAUCAGAACUAGUGUUCACUCCUCACUUGUCUGCAGUUACUUUUCUGGUCUAAUCUGGCACUGUGUUGGUCGAUGAAAGCGAUGCACUACGCUGUACGCAGUUAAAAAAAAAAAAAAAAAAAAUGAACCAUGCCUGUUGGUCUACCUCAAGAACACUCGAGCAGAGCUUCACCGCAGGGUGUCGUGACUUGACAAUGACUUGCACUUUGGCGCAGGCCUUUACUCACGCCAAGUGAUAAUCAGAUUUACACGCACACACACACACACACACACACAUACAUACAUACAAUAGUUAUUUGAUUUUUAUUCCCCAGUUAAACAGUAUGUCCCUUUGCACACUUGGUUGAUGAAUGCAUGUACAGGGAUAACGUUUGUGAGAAUGGAAUUGGGACAUAAAAGUGUUUUUUGUUUUUUUUAAAGAAAGAACUGAAAUUUUGAAAAAUAACGCACUCAGCAGUUGUUAGUUGAGUUCGCUGUAAAUGAGCAACACACUCCGGCAGCAUUUGUGUCGGGGCGACAAUACCGAUCUCAGUUGCCUUAAAAUGUCCCCGUGUGUUUUUAAUAAGAAUAAAUAAAAGAUCAUUAUAAGGGGCUACUGUUGCAGUGAAAGAGGAGCUGCACUAGCCCUCUGCUGGUUGGUGACUGCUGAAUGUCUCGUUUGGUGGAUGGGCGGUGAUGCUGUGAUCUCCGCUGCUAUGCCCCUGCAACUUUCCCCUGUCUGACGUCCCGCUCUGUCUCACCCCUCCCGUUACCCCGACGUCAUGUUCUGACCAUCGACCUCCCUGAUUCCCUCCACCUUCUUUCCUCCCCUCCAGAGCCUGGUGUGGUCUUCACCCCCUCCCGGAUCUAUUUGGGAAUAGCACUUGAAGUGAAAGAAAAGAAGAAUGAAACAAAUAUAAAUAUGUAUUAUUAGAUAAAUCUAUAAGAAAGGAUUAUAGAGAAAUAUAGAGGUGGAUGUCUUAUUGUGAAAUGCAGAGAUUAUGCAUUAUAUGAUUUUCAGAGGUGGAAUGUACAGGAAACUUGUUAAUAUUGUAUAUUUUGAAUUUGAAAAUAUGGAAAUCUAAUCGACAAAUGAAGUAGUUGUGAUGCGGACACAGUGAUGUGGUACCAGCGGUGUUCAAAUGUACGUUCGAGUUCAAAGCCGCUGGGUUUUCACUGUCCGACUUGCAGCCGCGAGUUCUGAAGGUUGUUACAGAUAUUCUGUUGUGAACGAUAACAACACAACUCCAGAAGUCAGAUUGCCUUGAGUACAUGGCAACAUUUUUUGUUUAAUGCUGAAUGAGGAUGAUUUUGCACUUAAUUUGAUAUCUAGUUAGGUGUAGCCUUUGCCUUAGCAACGGCUAUAUUUUACUGACAUGAUAUAGAAGACUCAACCCGUCUAUUUAGGUUUUUCAUGGUUUUUUAGAAGACUCGAGCCUAAAGUAAAGGUUAUAAUAACAUAGAAAAAUAAAUAAUUGUCUUUCAAAGAUCUAUAAAUAUGCAUAAACAAUAUUUAGUGUGCUUCACAACCCACAUUCUUGCACAAGAUGGUGAACAAAUAUCUGUUUUGAUAUCUACAAAGGGGUUACUCUUAGGUGUUGUGGGUUCCACGGAUAUCAUUUGGACUUGAUUUCUGAAACAUUCUCCCCCUCAUGUUGUGGUUACACACAAAGCAUUUUCACACUACACUUCAGUGUGACUCUUGUUUUUAAUCUUACCCCCCGCCCCCCCCCCCCCCCCCGCACUCCGAAUUUAUAAUCCUUUUUUGUUUUUCUUGGCUCAGUUCUGAAAACAGAAUGUGGUUGUGCCACUUUCCUCUUCAGCCAGUAUGCCAUUUGUACCCAACAUCUAUUAUCGACCCCCUUUUUCCCAGUUCUGUAUUGUUUUAUUUCCCUUUUAAGCCAGAAAGGGUGAUUUUGUUUUCCAGAUGUCUGCAGAGGGCCAAAACGAGUGGCAGAUUUUAAAACCUCUUAUGUUUACGAGAACUCCCAGGUGUUUUGCAAGGCAGCCGGGGCAGAGUCUAGCUUUAGACCUUGGUCACUCUGAACUGGAUCAGUUGCACUGAUUGCACAAGUGAUUGACCAGAUUAAAGAGUCUACUGUGAUGCCCUCAGUGUUGCUGAGGGACGGCUGCCAUUGGCUGGAAGUAGGCGGGAGGCAGGGUUACGUCUCUGUACAGUUUAUCAGUAUUCCCUUUUUAUCUCCUGUCAUUUGGUGGAUCUUGCUGUUUUAUUCUCCGUAGUCCAGAGACCUGUAUUAAAUUGUAUAGAUUGUGCAAAAAGCUGAAUGUCGCAUAGCAGAAGAGAAAAGCUAUUCCUUACAGAUGAAAAAAGUGAUUUAAAAUGUAUAAAAGAAAUUGAGAAACAAAGUUUAGGGGAUAAAUGUAAUAUUUGUUUGUAAUUACUAUUUUUUGUUGGAAGAGGGCUACUGGAUAAAGAAUCAUCUGUAAUAAAGUAAUUUUAAUAUUU